UUUUAUUUGUUGCGUGUGUUUUGCAUUCCUUCGGUUGUAAUGUGGAUUUUUACAAAUUGUGCCAAAAAGCGUUAAUGAAAAAAUAAGUGCAUAAUUUAAAGAAUAAAGGUGAAGAAUAUAAAGUGCGUUGUAUAAACAAAGUGUUGGAGGUGUGUGACAAACAGCUGAGGUGCUCAACUUUUUAGAAAUAUAUGUUUUUGCAGUCGUCGCAUUUAUUACAACUACAACAAUCAAACAGCUUUUAAGUGUAAAUAAAUCAGCAGCAAAAUGCCGAGACCCACGCGUACUGUGAAAGAGCAGGCAAAGGUGGAUUUAUCCAAAAUACCAGCUCAUGUGGAACGUGUAAAUGUCAGCGGUUUGCUGCGCACACACAAUGACUACGUUAUGAAGGCAGCCGAAGGACUGUUUAAAGCGCGCAAUUUUCAAGACCUCAUGAUUGAGUCAAUGAACGCCAAGUCCUAUCUCCAUGAAUUGGGCAUUUUCAAAGAUGUACAGGUGCGCGUUGACGUGAGCAAAGGCGAGAACGCCUCACCCAAUGGCUAUGAGAUUACGCUGAAAGGUCAAGAAUUGUCGCGUCUAGUUGGCUCAGUGGGYACGGAAGUGGGCCAAAACGAAGGUUCACUGCGCACCGAAUUGAGYAUACCGAAUUUGUUUGGACGCGGUGAAAGUGUUUCGCUGCAAGGCUCCUAUGCGACAACACGCGCCAAUGAAUUACAACUGCGUUUCUGGAAAUCAUUCUUUCAUACGCGCUUCGUGGAGAAUCGACCAGAAGUCUCCCUUUCACUCUUCCGGCAUGUGGAUCGCAUGGAUAUUAGCUCGUUUCAAAAUGCCAAUUUGGGCUUCAUGACAGAUUUCUCUGUAAAUACGCUCUAUCCCUUUGAGCUCACCCACUCCAUACAGUAUGAGGCGUCUAUACGUGAAACGUCUUUGCUAGCGAAACAAGUUCCAUUUGCYAUACGAGAACAUUGUGGCCCUAAAUUAGCGUCACUGGUGCGUUAUUCUGUAAUUUAUGAUCAGCGUGAUAAUCCCGUAUUUCCCACACAAGGCCUAAUGUUCAAAUCGGUCAACGAAUAUUGUGGUUUGGGUGGCAAUGUUGCCUACAUGAGCAGCACUACGCAUGGUGAAAUAAGUGUGCCAUUGAUUGCCGGACUUGUGGCACAAGUUUGUGGUCGCAUUGGUGUGAUUAAGGAGACUAAAAACACAACAGUACUACCAAUCAGUAGUCUAUUCUACUGUGGUGGUCCACUGACGCUUAGAGGRUUCAAGUACGGUGGUGCUGGUCCAGUGGUGGAGGGCACAUCCAUCGGUGCGCAGACUCAUUGGUGCACUGGUCUUCACUUGUGGGGCCCCUUGCCGUUCAAUCGCGUAUUCAAGGGUUUGGCUAAUAAUUUCCGUACACAUUUAUUCUACAAUUGCGGAGGCUUCAACUCAUUUUCAGCAGAAAACAUGCGCAGCGCUUUUGGUAUUGGCCUAGCAUUUAAAUUAGCCGAACGUGCACGGAUUGAAAUGAAUUAUUGCAUACCGGUACGAAAAUAUGCGAGCGACAAACCAGUGAAUGGUUUUCAAUUUGGCAUUGGCUAUGAAUUUGUCUAAAUUUGUUUGGUGUGGAUAGAUGAUGUGGCAUGCUAGCGUUGGAAGAACUGUCGSUGAGGUGGCUAGACUAGCAGCAAACGCUACUGUAACUACUACAACUAUACUACCAUUACAAACAUUCACACAYACAUGCAGCAACUCUUUCGUCGUUCAUUCAUUUGUCUGUUGUUUGUCAUUUAAUAUUAUUAUUAUCACUUUUGUUCACACGCCCAAAGACAUUAAUUGUUUAAUGUUUGUUAUUAUKUUAGUAAUUUUAAGUUAAAUAUUAAAUAAGCCAGACAAAAGUCACGCUUACACACCSACAUAUACAAAGCAUGUACAUGAAAAAGAAGACGGAAUUGGUAGUGUGAAGAGGGCAAAGCAAUGAGAGCUAUUAAAAACAAACUURUUAAACAAAAUAUGUGCAAAAAUACUUAAACGAAUACAAAUACAUUUAAAUUAUAYACGAUAAAGAUAAAUACAUAAGUUUAUGUUAAAUAUUUAAUAAAUUGAAAAAUUUAAAUGUAUCAAAUACAUAUUAUACACWACUAAACUAA